AUGUCAUCUUCUCUUCAUUCAUUUUUUCUAGCUCUCCCCACCCACAUCAGUUUCAAUCUCAUAUGCCAUAUUUUGGACAGUAUACAUUUUAAUUAUAAAUUUCCCCAUAUUUCGUUUUUUUCUCUACAUGGUCACUCAUUUCAUUCAACGCUUUGUUGUCCUUUUCUUUCUUCUUUUCAUUUCCCUUUUCUUUCUUUCUUUCUUUCGUUCUUUCUUUCUUUCUUUUAUGUGUUUUUUCUUUCUUCCAUGCUUAUUUUUCCCUUCAUGUUUUCUUUUGUUUUCUUCAUUUAUUCUCCUUCUAUCCUAGACUUUUUUCUUUUUUUUCUUUCAUUUCUUUUCUUUUUUUCUUUCGUUUUUAUCCAUUUCUUCAUUCUUUGCUUCUUUUCCUUUCUUUCCCGAUUAAUUCUUUUAACUUGUUCACUGCUACUUUUUUCCCCUCCUCUCUCACUUAUUGAUUUUUCCCUAAUUUUUCCUUUGUUUGUUCGAUUCUUUCUUUCUUUCUUUCUUUCUUUCUUUCUUUCUUUCUUUCUUUCUUUCUUUCUUUCUUUUUCAUUUGCUUUUUAA